AUGAACCCCGACAACAAAGAGGUCUGCCUCAUCAUUGGCGCGUCCAGGGGCAUUGGCCGGCAAGUCGCCAUCGACCUCGCCAAACAUGGCUACUUUGCCGUCGUCGCCGCCAAAACCACGUCCGACGCCAGUGCCAUCCCGGCCUCGUCGUUUCCGCCCGAUCCGAACUCGUCUGCGUCGACCAUAAACACGGUCGCCCGCGAGAUCACCGAGGCCGGCGGCUCCGCACUCGCGCUGCCCGUCGACGUGCGGGACGUGGACAACGUCAAGGACUUAGUCGACGAGGUCGCCCGCCGCCUGGGCCGGCUGGACGUGCUGAUCUACAACUCCGGUGCCAUCUGGUGGUCCGCCAUCGAGACCACCCCGGUCAAGCGCUUCAUGCUGCUCCAGCAGGUCAACCCGCAAGGGUUGUACGCGGCCGUGUCAGCGGCGCUGCCUCACUUUGGGGAACAGGGCUGGAAGGGACGCAUCAUCGUGGUGUCGCCGCCCAUCUAUUCGCGCUUCUUCCGGGGCAAGACCGCCUACGCCAUCGGCAAGGUGGGUAUGAGCGUCUUGACCAAGGGUUUGGCUAUGGAUUUUGUGAGGCAAGGACGGAAAGAGAUGGCCAUCACGAGCAUCUGGCCUGCCGCGUCCAUCGAAUCAGCAGCGACUCAAGACUCAGUGAAGCGAGACCCAGAACUCGUCAAGGAUCUCAGAAAGGCUACCAUCUACUCUGACGCCAUCCUGGCAAUGCUGCGAUCGCCCGCCGAGGAAGUCAAUGGCCUGCUCGACCUGGACGAAGACUUCCUGCGCAAGAAAGGCGUGACGGACUUCUCGCAGUACAGCCUCGUGCCGGGCGCCACACCCCGCCGCAUCAUGCCCGCGGAAUUCCCCGUCUUGGAGGUUGCUGAGCAGGACGACGAAGGGAGGCGGGUCGACAGCGUGGUUCUGCGGCAGGGGAGGGAAGAUAAGGCGAGCAGCAAAUUGACCGCCAAUACCGGGCGGACUUACGCGAAAGCUUCUCGAAGUACUUACAAAACUGUGAAUAGCCAUGGCCAUAACUGCCCACGUCGAGAUAUCCGCCAUUGUCCCUCGUUGCCGACUUUCGAGGUCCCACGAAGCAUCAUCCAGUUUCUCGAGGAGACAAUUGCAGCAUUCGAGCUCCAAUUUGGACACACCGACAAAGCAGGCGACAGCUCGAUAUGUACUCCAGGUAACCGGGAUCAUGGGGCCGGGGCUCGACGCAAUCCCACCACUGCAGAUGGAUGCAUCACCGAUCAGCAGCCAAAGUGCUCUUUGACACGUAUGUCGAUCGGAUUCUCCCGCAGUAUCACCUACUUCCUCGAGAACGACCUCUGCCGGCAGUUCGCCCUGAUCUACGACGAGUUGGCUGCUGCAGCCCCUCAUGAGGCAUACUUUGGGGUUACCGUGGCUUUUGCCAUGGCGUCUUCAAUCCGCAAGGCCUCCAAACUCUUUAACGUGCUGUCCAUGGCCGAACCAUUGCGCCAAGACGCCCUCAGGCACGACCAGUUUCUAAAGGAUUCUGAAUAUCUUUGA